AUGGACCCCCAGAACGACCCCAACUUCCAGCGGCCCAGUCUCAAUCCCGCCAUCGAGCCGCCAGCACCCCAGCUGAAGAUUCCCAACACCCGCCCCAUCCAGCCCGUCGUGUUGGCCGACCUAGGUAAACCCGUCGACGGACCACCGCCCCGCCCCACCGCCGCCGGCAAAAACGAGCGUGUCAGCCACUCCAAGAUCCCGCGCGCCGCCACCGAGUUGAUGGACUCGUCGCUGGAUGACGAGACGGUGUACCCGCCGAGCACUCAGGUGCAACGGCUGCAGAUCGCCGACCUCGAAGAAGUGCCCCAUGGCAUCCAGCGCCAGGCGCAAACUCUCGAGGAAUACCAAUUCCCCACUCACCGACUUGCCACCACAUUAACUGAUGAAAAGAAGCAUCCAUUAGUGAUUGUAGCCUGUGGUCUGUUUUCACCAAUUACCUACUUACACUUGCGGAUGUUCGAGAUGGCGUUAGACGCGAUCCAGGAACAAACGCGAUUCGAGUGUAUCGGCGGUUACUACUCGCCCGUACUGCUGAAUUAUAAGAAACAAGGGCUUGCUCCUGCUACCGAUAGAGUACGAAUGUGUGAGCUUGCCUGUGAACGAACCCUGCUGUGGCUUAUGGUCGACGCCUGGGAGAGUUUACAACCAAAGUAUACGCGUACUGCGUUGGUAUUGGACCAUUUCAACGAAGAGAUCAAUAUCAAGCGGGGAGGGGUGAUGACCGCCCUGGGCGAACGCCGUGGCGUCAAGAUCAUGUUACUUGCCGGUGGCGAUUUAAUUGAGCUGAUGGGUGAACCCGACGUGUGGGCCGACCAAGACCUUCAUCACAUCUUGGGAUUGUACGGGUGUUUGAUCGUCGAACGUACCGGACUGGACGUGCGGUCGUUUUUGCUUUCCCACGACAUCAUGUACGAGCAUCGCAAAAACGUGCUUGUGAUCAAACAAUUGAUUUACAACGACAUCUCGCUGACAAAGAUCCGCUUGUUUAUCCGCCGCGGCAUGCUGGUGCAGUAUCUUUUGCCCAACUCGGUGAUUCGGUAUAUCCAGCAGCACAAGCUCUACCAGGAGACCGAGCCGGUGAAACAGGUGAUGUCGGACAAGGCCGACUAG